AUGUCUAAUUGCCAGGAUUAUGAACAUGAAACCGUAUCUAUAGAUGGUUUUGCAUCUGCAGAGGUUGUCGAAGAGCAACCGAAAUGGCUGCGACUGAAGCCAUAUCAUCAACUGCCUCCAAGGACAAAGCCCAAAGCCGGAGACUUGGAGAUCGUUCCUCCACCAACAGUAGCAUUUCCGGUGGUAGCGCCUACAAGCCCUGAACUCGAGUCUUGGGUAUCAUACCUACUUCAUCGUGCCGGAAUUCGUUGUGUGCUUUGUGGUCAGACUGCCAUGAGUAUCAUGGGUGUCUCGAUUAGGGCACAUCAAUCUGAAUGGGCCAUUCCUCAAGCCGACCUCGGCCGAGCCGCUGAGGUUCUUCGCCAGGCUGGUUUCCCCAGCUGUCCGGCGGAACAGGAGCAGCAGAGAGAAUGCGCUGUGGUGAGGUCGCCGAGCAAUGAUGCACCACUCUGGAAAGAUUACCCCAUGCCAGCGUAUCAUUUUCAUACUGACCACCUCUACCGCCGCCAUCGCGGGGAUCCCGAUCAGGGCCGGGGGAUCUGUCUGUACCCGAAGAGGAUGUUAAUUUCCAACCAUUAUCCCGAUCCUCCGAUCGGACCAGCUUCUCACCCCCACGGCCCUGGUUGCUGGUAUGAGGAACACAAUAGUCACCUAGCGGAUGUGACGAGAGUGUACAUGACAACAGAUGACUCUAGCCUCCCCAUACCAGAGCUCGGCUUUGCAGAUUUCCGAGGUCGACAGAGCUCCAACCAUUACCCGGUGUACAUGCUUGCGCGUCAUCAUCACCUGGAGAAUCUCGCCCGACUAGAGGUUCGCGAUCGACAUUCCUCAUGCGGCGGGAUGUGGUGGAAGUGGCAGCUGGUGUUGUGUGUCAAGGUUCUGAUCAGAGAUGCCAUGCAUCGUUACAUGGGCUGGUCUGUGGAUCUGUCGGACGUCCAAUCGACCGCAAUUCGAGAUUAUUUGGAAGCGCUCAGUGCUGACAACGACAGUAACUGGGCGAAGAGCCGCUUGAAGAGGGUUUGUCGCGCUAUUGAGGGCGAAUCUCAAUACUUCAUGUACGAAGCAAAGAAGAGUCUAUGGGAGGUUCUCUUAUAUAUCACCAAGGCAAGAAUUAUGUCUCAAUAUGUUCUCCUUAGAUCACAGUCGGGCGAGUGCCGCCCGCAGGGUGGACUGUACAGUGAGCUACAGCAAGCUACUCAUGCCAAUGCGUAUAAGCUGGCUCCCUCUAAGAGCCCGACAGCCAAGCAGACGGCGCUUGAAAGCGCCUAUAUGUUCUAG